ACAACUUAUCCUUGUUGCUGUUGCUUGUCUGUGGAAAUCAGUAGUCGACAUAUACCAUCCAGUCUUAUCUGAUGUCCUCUUGAGGUGCCUAUCCUACAAAGCUCACUCCGGUUUCGUGAGAUGGUGGUGCAACCGGUGCAUCGGAUGGGAAUGCGGAGGAUUAUGGUUCACGACACCUUACUCCAGGCAUGACCUUCUUCUCGACCUGACUUCAUGCUCUAUAGGUGUUCGAAGGUGCACGCGAUAUGACUCUGGCAUCUAUUAUACGCUGUUCCCUGCACCAUACACCCACUAACUGGAGCUUCGCAAUGGGAACUAUGGGCGUUCGGCUAACACGGUUUGGCUUUGUCCGUGGACGCACCUCUUCUGGCUUUACUGCGAAUAUAGUUUGGAGCUUUGGCCCCUUUCCCCAACAGUCAACGCUCGGUCCAUCAGAACGCGGCGACGAACGUUGGUUCAUCCCUUUACGAUUAUUCAUCGGUAAUCCGCAAGCCAUCUACGUCGCCGCGCUACGAGAUAUACGUUGGCGCUUUCCGAUCGAUGAAGCUCGUGUCAAUGAUUUCGACGUCGUUUCCAACAUGCACGUCGACAAUCUCAUUCGUCGUCCGCGGGGUUAAUAAAAAGACAUCAACAUUUCAUCCCAGGUAUUGUGGGUGUUUAAGUUGGGUCGAAUCCAGCAAUGUGAUCCGACACACGCUCUGUCUCCAUAUAGAUCGAAACUUCUACGCGUAAUUCUCAGAUGCGCAUCAUCGC